GUUGUCUCCACAAUGAGCCUUAUUUCUACAAAAAAACGACGUUUAAAGGGAAACCAAGGUUGUUGAGGCUUAGCAGGUAGAAGGUUGCUGGGUCCCGAGGAGUCGUGCCAUUCCCUCUUUGUCCUCUCAUGCCCCCCCCUCCCGUGUGUGUUUCCCUGUGUAGUGACCCCGUAUCCCCGUCCUCCCCCCACCUGAUCCCUCCUGUCCUGUUGCCAAUCAAGUUCAACGAUCACGUCUUACCCCAUGCUUGGGACAAAACCAGCUCACUGCCAGACCAAUGACUGCCUGGAUCGUCCUGCCUGUCAGCUUGUCUGCCUUCUCCAUCACAGGAAUAUGGAUAGUAUAUGCCAUGGCUGUGAUGAAUCACCAUGUGUGUCCUGUGGAGAACUGGUCUUACAAUGUAACAUGCACAGAGGAGCUGCCCCGGCCAGGGUUCCCCAAGACGUGCUGCACCAUCCAGGACAUCCCCCUCAUCAGUAAAUGUGGCUCUUUCCCCCCGGAGAGCUGCCUGUUCAGCCUCAUCGGCAACGUUGGAGCCUUCAUGGUGGUGAUGGUGUGUUUCCUGCGCUACGCCCAGGUGAUCGAGCACAGCCACCGCUGCUGGAUCAACACCAGCGCUCUGGUGUCGGGCUGCACCAACGCCAUCGGCCUGGUGAUGGUGGGAAACUUUCAGGUGGACCACGCCAAAUCUCUCCACUACGUCGGUGCUGGUGUUGCGUUUCCAGCCGGGCUGCUGUUCGUGUGCCUGCAGUGUGUGCUCACCUACCGGGUGGCCGUGACCGCCCUCGACUACUGGAUGGCUCAUUUCCGGGUGGCUCUGGCGCUGGGAGCCAUGAUCUCUCUCGUCCUCAGUGGGAUGUUCUUCAUCCACGAGAGCUUCAUCCUGCAGCACGCCGCAGCCAUCUGUGAGUGGGUGUUCACCGUGGUGAUCCUCGUCUACUACGGCACCUUCACGUACGAGUUCGGCACCGUCACCACGGAGACCAUGAUGGCCGGCCUGCAGCGCAGCCACCUCCGGUCCGGCAUCAUCAUGGCCACCAGCUCCCGCAACUCCACGCUGGGCGGAGCCACCAAGGGGCUCAAGUCCCCCGGGGGCAGCAGCACGUCCACACAUCUCAACUGUACCCAGGAGAGCACGGCCAUGUUGUAGCUCAGAGUCUCCACCGUCUCCACCGUCUCCACCGGGGCUCCAUCAGCUCCACAGGAAGGAGAGGAGGCAACUUGUAUCUUUACACAACACCAGGUAUUUCCAUAGAAAAUGCUGUACAAGCUUCUUUUAUUUGUUUUUAAACGGCCACUGAAGGAGGUUGAAUGUACAGCUAGUCUGACACUGGAACCAUGAAUGUUCUCCAGUUCGGCUGAAAGAGGCAAAUCUGCAUGAGAACACGGCGUUUCCUGAAGAGAAGUGUCUUUUUUUUUGUUUUUAAACUGUCACUGUUUUCAUGAAAAGAGAACUCUUUAAACCCGCACUCGUUUUUUGUAUAAUUAUUAUUUCUUUCACCUCUUUCCCUGCUGACUCUUCUGAGCGUCCCGGCCGUGUUUCCCCGUGUUUUUUAGCUCAUUUCUGCACGACACCUAGAUGGAAUAGCAAAAACUUUUUCUUUGGUUGGAUUUUUUUGCGUUGGUAAAUGGAAAAUGUGAUUGUUGGAAAAGCAUCUAAAAUAUGGUUUUUAAUGCUAUACGCUCUAUUUAAUCAACACGGAAUAAAGUGUCUGAAGGAUGUCAAAUUUAUUAGAUUAAACUGAGGAUUUUGAUACUUUGCACUGAUAAUUAAAAGUAAAGGUUUUUAAAGGAGCUCGUGUAAAAGUCGGUCUCAUCGUCAUUACUGUUGCUGUUACUCAUUUCAGCGAAGGAUCAAGUUUGAUCCAACAACGUCUUUGACAUUGGUUGCUUUUAUUCUUUUAUUCUUUUUCCCUCUUUCAUGGAUCUCAUGUCUGAUGCAAUAACUGCCAUCAAUCAUCCAAAAGAUUUUGAAUGAUGCCUUUUGUCAGUGUUGGAGUUCGAGCUCUUGAGAAGUGAAACUAUAAUCUGAUUAACGUGAUUACUAACGUAGUUCUCGUCCACACUGAUCCGAUUCCAGGCUGGACCCUCGGAAGCCUUAUGAGUUUAGAGAAGAGCUUUUCUAUUUAGUGACGAGUUUAUGUAAACGCCUUUUUAUUAAGUUAUAAAGACAUUUUGUUCCCAUUGGAAACCGUUUUACAAGAUGUUCCCACACAGUUUAUAGAAUGGAAAAAGUGUCAUGUAUCGAACGAUUAGGGAGUGUAGCACCCUAUAAUGUAAUCAUUUCCUGAAAAUGUAAUAGAAUUUGCACUUAACUCAAUCGAAAAAGUAAUAAAAUCCAAUAAUGUAAUAACUUCACCAAUAAUGUAAUAAAAUAUCCUGACUGA